AUGCCAACGGACUACCCAUUGUUGACUGGUUCAGAUCAUUGGAAAAGGAAAAUUCACACGAUUUUCAAGGCCGUAGAUGCCACGGGUCAGGGAUACAUCACUAAAGAGGCCUUGGAGAUCACUGCCAAGCGUGCUGCCCACUACUUGGAUCUAAAUGAUGAACAAACGGAGUAUUAUGUGAAUCUUCGACUCGAUAUUUGGAGAAAUAUCAUAAACAGAGGUUCAUAUGACGACAAUGCUAAAAUUUCGGAGGCAGAAUUUCUUCAGAAUCAUAUGCUCAUGUUUAAUGACAGCAAAAAUCGAGCAAAUUUAGCUGAUUUCCUUGUCAUUGAAUUCAUUGCCAUAGACGCCGAUGGCGACGGAUAUAUUUCGCCCAGAGAGCACGCCGCUUAUUUCUACGGACUUAAUAUCCCCACAGAGUACUCAAAACCUAUGUUUGACAUCAUGGACACAAACAAAGAUGGCCUCAUCUCCAAGGAAGAGUUCACGCAGGCUCAAAUUGAAUUUUGGCUUAGCGAAGAUGAAAAGAAUAUUUAUAAUGAAUUCCACGGUCCCCUUGUUGAUUGA